CGUCAAUCCAAAGCAAACGCUCCGCCUUCCGACCGAAGUGUCCCUGCCAGCAGCGCCCAGCCGUUUCAUUCGAUCGGCCUUGCAUUCGGCAUAAGAAUGCGGCGGUUGAAGGCACGUCUUUCAAGGAAGCGGGAGCCCAAGCCGGCCAGUACCAAUAAUAUCUCCAGAUGCUCCGACUCUCCGUCAUCAGCUGAGCCUGCUGCUGAGGUCAAAGCAAAACCUCUCACCCCUUUGACCCAACCCCCGACCGGGUCGACUCGUACGCAAAAUCUAGCUAGCGGAUCUAGCAACGUAAAUCGGAUCGGUAUCACCAUCGUACACGAGCCAGCGGGUGCUGCCGAAAUAGACAUUGUCCUUGUCCAUGGACUCUUCGGAAACCCGAAACGGACAUGGACAGCAAAAGACGUACGCCGUCUCAAGCAGAGUCCCCAAAUUGAAGACUCCGAUAGCGAUGACUCUGAGUCGGCAUCUCAUGAUGCUCGCGGCGAAGUCUUCUGGCCUCGGGACCUGCUUCCACAAGUGAUGCCCAACGCUCGCAUCAUGACAUGGGGCUACGACGUCCAAAUUGAUUCGUUGCUUCGAGCCACGUCGACAGCGUCCGUAUUCCAUCAUGCCGAAAUGCUGCUCUCGGACUUGGAAACGACCAGACGUGGCGACGGCGAGGCCGAGCGCCCCAUCAUUUUCAUCGCGCACAGCCUGGGUGGUAUCGUGGUCAAAGACGCCAUUGGCAUCUCUCAGAGCGGUGGUCUUGUCAACCAAACCAUAUUAUCCGCAACAAAGGGCGUCCUAUUUCUGGGCACACCACACAAAGGCUCACAAAUGGCAACGGUGGCAAGGGCCGUCUUCGGUAUCUCCAGGCUGUUCCUUAGGGACUCCAACACAAAGAUCCUCAGAGUCUUGGAAACUCAGUCCGAGGUGCUAGAGCGCAUUUCUUGGGCCUUUGGCCAGGUCCUGGCAAGUGGCCGAAUACGAGUGCACUCAUUCCGGGAAGAGCUCAGCACCGGCGGCAUCGAAAUUGUCAAGGCUCAUUCGGCUACCAUUGGCUAUUUCCACGAGACUCGUGGGCAUCUAUAUGCAACUCACAGGAAUAUGGCCAAGUUCCAUUCAUUGGAUGAUCUCAACUUCCAACGUGUGGGAGCCGUGUUGCGGAGAUGGCUGGCUGAAAUACGAGGACAGGGGGUUCCGCAUCAUGAUGUUAACACCGGGGCAGGAGGCAGAAUCCAAGACGAGGUUUCUGAUCGGAAUACCAACUUCCCCGACGGCUUGAUCUUUGAUGAAGCUUACCAGAGUUGCUUGGCGUCACUGAAUACGACCGAGGUCAGACAACGCUUCGAGGAUAUACAACAGCCUUUUGAGGACACGUACGGGUGGCUCUUUGAAGAGACGCCUGGUUUCACAAGUUGGCUUCGGGGGCACGUCGACCAUCCCAUCUUCUGGGUCCAGGGGAAGCCAGGCUCCGGCAAGUCGACCGUCAUGAAAUACGCCGCAAAGAGCGCCGUUACUAUGAGCCACCUUCGAGGCUUUAGGGAUGGAGAUUGGAAAAUUAUUACCUUCUUCUUCCAUGACCGCGGUUCAAUAGUACAGAAGUCCGUCGACGGCCUCGCCCGGGAGAUGCUAUUCCAGUUCCUAUCCCAAGAAAAGUCCAUCUUCCAGGACCUAUUUCAUUUUCUUACCGAGAAGGGGGUGCUUGACUCCGGAGCAUCGUCGCCAGGUACUCCCGUUUGGACUCCUCAACUGAUAAAGGAGACCAUCGAAGCGAUCGGGGAGAAAGUAAAUUCCAAUCUCAACUUCUGCGUCUUCCUCGAUGCGCUCGACGAGCAUCACGGCGACCACCAAGGGCUUCUGCGCAUGAUAACUUCACUCCGGAGCUUAGCAACCAAUCCUUCCAUCCGGCUCCGGAUAUGCUUGGCCUCACGACCGGAAAAUCUGUUCAAGCAAGAGUUCGCCGGUUGCACAACACUCGUCAUUCACCACCACACCGUCAAUGACAUUCGCACCUAUACCGAGAGCCGAAUUGGAACGGCUGCCACACGCGGAGGGCUAAGCGCCGCCGGCAAGACUUCUCUCCGUCAACUCUCCGCCAAGGUCAUCGCUCGGGCGCAGGGAGUCUUCCUCUGGGUCAAGCUUGUCGUCGAUGAGUUGGUGGAGGGCCUUCAGGAGGGUGACAGCAUCGAAGAACUCACCGAGACCCUCAAAACCAUCCCUUCCGAGCUCAGCGAUCUCUACAAACGGGCCCUUCUACGGACUAGCCGCGCCUCCUCGCGUGCCCUAGCCAGGGCUCAGGAAGAAGGUUUUUACAUAUUCCGGAUUGCCGCAGCGUGGCAGCAGCCCUUUACCAUCUACACGCUCUUCGGCGCCUCCCUCUUUCUCGCCACAAGGAGGCCAUUGAGCGUAGACUUCCGGGCCAUGACCCUGCAGCAGCUGCAUCAUCGACUAUACAGCCGCUCAUCCGGGCUGCUUGAGGCGCCCGAGGCGUAUAACGGCGUCAACCACGGCAGGACGGUGCAAUUCAUCCACCAGUCGGCAAAGGAAUACAUGGUCGACGGGGAGGGCGCCAAUGUUCUCAGGGAGAGGGUACCUGAGGGACGCCUGGAGAGCGGCUCGAUGCUGAUAUUUCGCUACCUCGCCCAUCUCAUCGCCUCCCUUGGCACCGUUAACACGUUGGAAAGCCUCGAUUCAUACCUGGUAUAUCGCGACUUUGUCUAUUUUGCCUCGAGGUUGGAGGCGGAAGAGAAGUGUGCGGUUGUUCCCAUGGUCGAACAGGCCGUCCUAGGGCUCCGGGAGGAUGCGCAAGAGCGCCUCCUCUCCGGGCUCUGGGAGGAACAGCAGCAGCGUUCCCCUCUCCGCUUCACGCUCCACAGUUGGAAGGAUGCGCGAAACGGCACAUUUUUGGGCAACUGGGCACGGAGCAAGGCGAUGAUGCUCCUCUUUUCCAUCUACUCCAGCCUGCCCUUGUCGAUUGCGCACUAUCUACCAGGCUCAGAUGUAUCGUCCAUCUCGGAGGUCGACUCGCUUGGAUUGCUACAGAUCGCCGCCUGGAACAGCAAGAGCUGCGAUAUAGCCAUCGCGGCGCUACUACAAGCCGGCCUUCGAAAGAACCUGUCGGAUACAGCGUGGGAGAGACACUUCUUGGCUUACUUGGAGGACCAUGUCGCGGCCGGCUUGCUACUCCCCGGGGAAACGGAUUGCGACACCGCGAACCGUAUGGCGAGUUUGGCCAAGCCGACAAGCCUAAGUGUUGAGCACGACAUGAUUUACAACGGCCACUUCAUUUACACCGCCCGCUCGUCAACCCCCCAGGCCGUCUUCCCUGAAAACCCGAAUGCACUGAGGGACUCGCCUCCUCAUUCUCCGGGGGCGCGGCCGGGCGUUGAAACGGUGACGGCGUCGGUUCUGUUGGAUCGGCGACGACUGCCAUCUGAUGACGGAACAACACUGGCGCUCGACAAGCGGCAGGAAACUACCGACUUUGUCACUUUUUCAACCCUCUUCCGCAAUGGGAUUUCUUCACUCCAGCGGACCGCCCGGAGCGGCUACGACAUCCGGGUUGACCUCGUGAAGGGUGCCUGGGGAUUCUGCGCCACCGGCAACCCUGUCGACUGUCCGAUGGCCGGAGCCUGUGUUGAUAGCUUCUCCUGUUCCACGGGCUGCGGGUCUGGGAAUCCUGCCUUGGGAACCGAGACCUGCGGCGGCAGCAAGCCCCGCCACUGCUCGACCGACCUCCUGACCCUUUCUAGCGACUCCACUCGCGUAUUCACCUACCUAGCCUGCGACAACAGGGUCGACAAAACGCAGCACUACAAGGCCUUCCCCACCACCCCCACGUCCUCGGCCUCGUCCAGCACAGCAGCAAGCCCGCUACCCAUCCCACAACAAACCUCCGGGAUCCCCACCACGGGCACCUCCCCCUCUCAAACCUCCCAGGUCACCACCACGGGCACCUCCCCCUCCCAAACCGUCUCAACCACCACCUCCGCCAUGGGCACGGCCGACAACAGCAACAGCAACAGCAACAACAGCGACAGCAGCGACAACAGCAGCAGCAACAACAGCGACAGCAGCGACAACAGCAGCGACAACAGCAGCAGCAACAACAACAACAACAACAACAACAACAACAACAACAACACCACCACUACCGCGAUGAUAGUCGGCGCCUCAGUCGGUUGCGUCGCGCUCAUCUGCAUCUGCGUCGUGGCCGUCUUCCUCAUCCGGCGGGGUCGCGCGGCAUCACCAUCAUCUCCAGCUCCGGCAGCAACAGGCGCAGCAACGACACCGACAACCGAAGCAACAACAACCGUCGCGGAGGUGCAGGGGGACUACAAGCUUCCGCCGAGGGAGCUGGAUGGUAGCGGGGACGGCGCGGUGCAUGAGAUGGGCCAGGCGGGGGGGUUGCCGUGGGGCUGGGGGAGGGGAUAUUCCCCCGCUACCACGCCGCCGCCGGUUGAGUUGUCUGGGACGGGGACGGGGUGGCACAGGGUCAUGUAGAUGUAGUCGGUGUUGGUUGGGGGGUUGUAAACUUGUUUGGGGAGGAGGCGCCGCAGCUCGACAUGGUUGUGAUCGGGUGGUGCACUAAUCACAUGUUUGUACAUACAUACUACAUACCUAGGUAUGUAUAUAUAGGUACCUAGAUGCAUCACGGGAGGUUUAGCAGGGCCGCCAAAGUACGGACAUACGUACCUGGUGAGCUGGUACCUCGGUGACAAAAUAAUCGGGGCACAUAGUAGCCAACACACAUCUUCUCAUAACUACAGUGGACAGAUUACGCUGUGGGAGAAAAGUUAAAUCAAGAUUGC